AUGUUUCGUCAGAUAAGAGUUCAUCCAGAUGACACUGAUUGGCAAAGAAUCUUAUGGAGAAAUUCACCCGAUGAUUCUAUUACAGAAUAUCGUCUUGUCACUGUUACGUACGGAACUUCCUGCGCACCAUUCCUGGCAACAAGAACUUUGCACCAGCUCGCACUAGAUGAACAGGAAUCCUAUCCAGUAGCUUCUAGCGCAACAAUUCGGAAUUUCUACGUCGACGAUCUUUUGAGUGGAGCUUCUACAAGAGAAGAAGCAGUACAACUUGUAAUCGAAUUACAAGAGAUGAUGCGAAAAGGAGGCUUCAAUCUUCGAAAGUGGCAUUCUAACGAUCCCUCUAUUUUUCGUGAUACUUCAGUUGACGUGCAAGAAAACGAUGCAGUUCAGUUUGAAGACGACAAUGAUUGCAAGGUUCUUGGAAUUGAGUGGUCGCCAAAGUUAGAUGUGUUUAAAUUCUCAAUAGCACCAGUAGACAUAAAAUUCACUUACACCAAGCGAGAAGUACUCUCACAAAUAGCCCGUGUAUUUGAUCCGUUGGGGCUCUUGUCACCAUGUGUAACUUUCAUGAAAAUUCUGUUGCAAGAGCUUUGGCAAGGGAAAUUCUCUUGGGAUCAACUUCUUACUGCUGAACUUUGUAAAAGUUGGAGGUCGUUUCUGGAAGAACUAUAUCUGCUUGAGCAAGUUACCGUCCCGAGAUAUGUGCUACAGUCUCAGAGUGAAUUUGAGUUACAUGCAUUCUGCGAUAGUUCUGAGAAGGCUUACUGUGCUGUCAUUUACAUUCGCUGUGUUUCUAAUUCUUCGGUUCGAGUCACCCUUUUGACAUCAAAAACCCGAGUGGCUCCUCUAAAGGUGCAAUCUCUUCCAAGACUUGAGCUGUGUGCAGCUCUUCUGCUUACUAAUUUGUUACAUUCUACUCUUCCACAUCUGAACCUUCCUAUCAAAUUGAAAUGUGCCUGGUCCGAUUCAAAAAUUGCUCUAGCAUGGAUUUAUUCAGAACCUAGAAGAUGGCAACCUUUCGUUGCUAACAGAGUAGCCCAAAUACAAGAAUUGGUUCCAGAUAUUCAGUGGAAUUUC